UGGAGCUGACCUCCAUUCCGUCGAAGCAUCACACACCUGUCGCCAUGCUGAAACUCGUUGUCUCUGCCCUUUUUGUUGCCCUGGCUGUAGCCGAUCAGUGCUGCACCCCCGAUCAAUGGGAGGGGAUUGCUGGCAGCAUCGUCGGGACUGUGACCAACGGAAAGAGUACCUCGGCUCAGACAACGACCACACUGUCCUACGACUUCACCGACAUGAUGCUGGCUGCUACCACCAUCACCAUGGUUGACGGCAUGACGUUGAAGAACAUGACCAUCAUCGACUACAACAAGAAACUGAUGUAUAACUUCAACGAGAUGACGGGAGAUUGUGCGGUGACUCCAGUUGACCAACCCUUCAAGAAGGCCUGUAUCCCAGAUGAUGCAAAGCAGCUCGGUAAUUAUUACUACGGUGCCGGUGACAACGUGCUGAAUGCAGCGUCGUACAUGAUUAAGCAGGACCCCUUCACAGCCAUUGUCUCCUUCACCGCGACAGACUGCAUCCCCAUCGCCGAGGUCGUCUACGGCGACAUGGGCCAAACUGCCAUUAUGAGCGAUACUGGGUUUGUAAACAUUACUCCUGGCAUCAAAGACCCAUCUGUCUUCGACCCACCAGAGGCCUGUCAACAAGCCAAGAUGCAACAUGGCCAGAAGAGUGAGAGGCGUGGUCUGCUUGGUCUCCACCUGUAGUUACCUCCCUUGGACUAACUGUCUCACCACGAGGGGCCGCUGUUCUGCCUGGUACAGAGUAACGUGACAGAAACACUGUGUCAAUCUGAGAUUAAUAAAGAGUCACAGGCAGAAUGA